AGCAUCCGGUUGAAUUAGUGGUCACAGAGAAUUCAAGAUGGCGGCGCACAUGUCGCAUUGUAGAAGUUGGGGCCGUGUUCAGAGGUUUGGAAUUGCAGUAUAUAGAAAGUACAGCAGUGGCAGCAGAUAUCCAAAUAUCUCACUCUCUGCACCGUUACCGGGUAUCCCUAAACCAGUGUUUGCGUCCGUUGACGGGCAUGAGCAAUGCGAGACUAAAAUCACUACUUUGGAAAAUGGCCUUAAAGUAGCAUCUCAAAACAAGUUUGGUCAAUUCUGCACUGUUGGAAUUUUGGUGAAUUCAGGAUCCAGACAUGAGACAAAAUACCCCAGUGGAAUUGCACACUUUUUGGAGAAACUGGCCUUUUCGUCCACAGCCCAGUAUGGCAGUAAAGACGAAAUUCUUCUCACACUUGAAAAACAUGGAGGGAUCUGUGACUGCCAAACGUCCAGAGACACCACCAUGUAUGCCGUCUCUGCCGAGGUGAAGGGACUGGACACGGUAGUCAGCCUGCUCUCCGAUGCUGUAUUGCAGCCACGCCUGCUAGAUGAGGAGAUUGAGAUGACUAGGAUGGCAGUGCGCUUUGAGCUGGAGGAUCUGAACAUGAGACCUGACCCUGAACCUUUACUGACAGAGAUGAUCCACGCAGCAGCAUAUCGGGGGAACACUGUUGGGUUGCCUCGCUUCUGUCCAGUAGACAACGUGGAGAAGAUUGACAAGAAGCUGCUACAUACGUACCUGCGGAGCUACUACUGCCCAGAGCGUAUGGUGCUAGCCGGUGUGGGCAUCGAACAUGAACAACUGGUGGCCUGCGCCAGGAAAUAUCUGCUGGAUGUGAAGCCAGUAUGGGGAGCCAGUACGCCUACCAAUGUCGACCUGUCUGUGGCACAGUACACUGGUGGAAUCGUAAGGAUGGAUAAGGAUAUGUCAGAUGUGAGCCUUGGCCCCACUCCCAUCCCUGAGCUCACCCACAUCAUGAUUGGCCUGGAGAGCUGCUCGUUCCUGGAGGAGGACUUCAUCCCAUUUGCCGUCCUCAACAUGAUGAUGGGUGGAGGCGGGUCCUUCUCAGCGGGGGGUCCUGGGAAAGGCAUGUUCACUCGGCUUUACCUGAACGUGCUCAACAGGCAUCAUUGGAUGUACAAUGCCACCUCAUACCAUCACAGUUACGAGGACAGCGGCCUGCUGUGUAUCCAUGCCAGUGCAGACCCCAGACAGGUUCGGGAAAUGGUGGAGAUUAUAACCAGAGAGUUUAUUCAGAUGGCUGGGACAGCAGGAGAGAUGGAGUUGGCGAGAGCAAAGACGCAGCUCAAGUCCAUGCUGAUGAUGAACCUGGAGUCUCGGCCGGUUAUCUUUGAAGAUGUCGGCCGACAGGUUCUAGCCACAGGGAAGAGGAAGCUGCCACAUGAGCUGUGUGACCUCAUCAGUAACAUUACAGCAAGUGAUAUCAAGAGGGUCACAACCAAGAUGCUGCGCAGCAAGCCAGCAGUAGCAGCGCUAGGAGACUUGACUGAGAUGCCCUCCUAUGAGCACAUCCAAGCUGCCCUGUCCAGCAAGGACGGACGCCUGCCUCGCAUGUACCGCCUCUUCCGAUAGACCUCCCUGUGUUUACCCUGACAUCAAUGUAUAUAUAUAUAUACUGGACACUGACCUACACUACCGGUCAAAAGUUUUAGAACACCUACUCAUUCAAGGGUUUUUCUUUAUUUAAAAUGUUUUCUACAUUGCAGAAUAAUAGUGAGGACAAACUAUGAAGUAAACAUAUGGAAUCAUGUAAUAACCCAAAAAGUGUUUAAAAAAAUAGCCACCCUCUGCCUGGAAGAUGGCUUUGCACACUCUUGGCAUUCUCUCAACCAGCUUCACCUGGAAUGCUUUUCCAACAGUCUGGAAGGAGUUUCCACAUAUGCUGAGCACUUGUUGGCUGCUUUUCCUUCACUCUGCGGUCCGACUAAUCCCAAACCAUCUCAAUUUGGUUGAGGUCGGGGGAUUGUGGAGGCCAGGUGCAGCACUCAUCAUUCUCCUUGGUAAAAUAGCCCUUACACAGCCUGGAGGUGUGUUGGGUCAUUGUCCUGUUUAAAAACAAAUGAUAGUCCCAGUAAGCCCAAAUCAGAUGGGAUGGUGUAUUGCUGCAAAAUACUGUGGUAGCCGUGCUGGUUAAAUGUGCCCUGAAUUCUAAAUAAAUAAUAGACCGUGUCACCAGCAAAGCACCCCCACACAAUCACACCUCCUCCAUGUUUCAAGAUGGGAACCACACAUGCGGAGAUCAUCCGUUCACCCACACGGUGUGUCACAAAGAACCAAAAAUCUCAAAUUUGGACUCCAGACCAAAGGACAAAUUUACACCGGUCUAAUGUCCAUUGCUCGAGUUUCUUGGCCCAAGCAAGUCUCUUCUUCUUAUGGGUGUCCUUUAGUAGUGGUUUAUUUGAAGCAAUUUGACCAUGAAGGCCUGAUUCACGCAGUCUUCUCUGAACAGUUGAUGUCUGUUACUUGAACUCUGAAGCAUUUAUUUGGGCUGCAAUUUCUGAGGCUGGUAACUAAUGAACUUAUCCUCUGCAGCAGAGGUAACUCUGGGUCUUCCCUUUCCUGUGGCGGUCCUCAUGAGAGCCAGUUUCAUCAUAACGCUUGAAGCUUGAAGGUUUUUGCGACUGCACUUGAAUAAACGUUUUGAAGUUCUUCAAAUGUUCCGCGUUGACUGACCUUCAUGUCUUAAAGCAAUGGACUGUUGUUUCUCUUUGCUUAAUUGAACUGUUUGUGCCAUAAUAUGUACUUGGUCUUUUACCAAAUAGGGCUGUCUUCUUUAUACCCCCCUACCUUGUCACAACUGAUUAGCUAAAAUGCAUUAAGAAGGAAAAGAUUCCACAAAUGUACUUUUUAAGGCACACCUGUUAAUUGAAAUGCAUUUCAGGUGACUACUUCAUGAAGUUGGUUGAGACAAUGUGCAAAGCUGUCAAGGCAAAGGGUAGCUAUAUUUUUUUGGUUACUACAUGAUUCCAUAUGUGUUAUUUCAUAGUUUUGAUGUCUUCACUAUAAUUCUACAUUGUAGAAAAUGGUGAAAAGGAAAAACCCUUGAAUGAGGUGUUCUAUGUGUAUGGUACACUAAUGUUCUCCCAAUGGAGCUGUGCUAAGCACUGAGAGGAUUCAUGUUUGGAUCUCCAACUGUAAAAGAACAUUUUUGAGUGAGGUGAUUUUUAAAAAACAAAAUGUUACUUUUGUUUUGCUUACCUGGAACGUCUACACUUUCUUGCCAGAGGGAAGUUUUAAUUUCCUGUUCACUAUCCCACCUGACCCACGUUGGCUGGGAUGGUUUGCAUGCUUUUGGGUUUAAUUCCAAGUAUGUGUGAAUGAAUAUGGCUCGAGAGUUACAUUGCUGGAUCUGUAGAGGGAGACCUACAAAUUACCUUCAUGGUAAAAAGGAAAAUAAAGGGUUGUGAUUCUCUGAUAUAGUGAUUAGGAUCAAUAGAAACGCUGCGCUGCUGAGGUCAUCGGUGGUCACAGACAGAUGAACAUCUUGAUGCUGUUCAUGAAGUGACGUGGAGGGCAAAGAAAAAGCAUCUAAUGACGUACUUAGUAGUUUUACGAGUGGUCUGAGGCAGUCGGUAAAUAAUGUGCGUUUUCAAAUACAACUUCAGUAACAAGGGAUUUGGGAAACUGCUCAGAGAUUUAACAAUGCUCCUACAAAGGCUCUAAAGAUGAACUUAGCCUUAAGAUACUUUUUGAAAACCGGGCCCUGGACUACACUGUAUGUGUGAAUGUCCUAGCAAUGUCCUACUACACUGAUAUUUGCACAUUUAACACAGAUACUUCCUUAAGUUUGAGACACUUUUUAAAUUACAUUUCAGAGGCUGGAGUCUCACCCAAAGCCUUGUCAUCUUCAGCAGACGGUGACAAUACUAAGAGAGACGUAUCUGACUAACUGCAAGCACUUCUGUCAAAAUGUCCCUUACACAUAUGGCUGAGUUAGUCACCUGUGUACAGCAGAGAUAAUGAGAUGUUUGGAUUAGUGUCACCAACAUUGAGGCUGUUUCUUGAAGAUAGGUACACAUUGAUUUCCACUUAUCCAGACUGAAAUUAGACCUCCUGUAUGAUGCUGUGUAGUUAUAGUAUUCUAAGCUAUAUUCUUUCAUUCAACCCACUAUAUCACUGUUUUGACAUCUGUGUAUACAAAGUGUACAAAAUAUUAAGAACACCAUCCUAAUUGAGUUUCACCCCCCUACACGGUGUUGAAAGUGUUCCACAGGGAUGCUGGCCCCAUGUUGACUCCAAUGCUUCCCACAAUUGUCAACUUGGCUGGAUGUCUUUUGAGUGGUGAACCAUUCUUUCAUACAUGGGAAACUGUUGAGCUUGGAAAGCCCAGCAGCAUGGCAGUUUUUGACACACUCAAACCGGUACACCUGGCAUCUACUACCAGACCCCAUUCAAAGGCACUUAAAUAUUUUGUCUUGCCCAUUCGCCCUCUGAAUGUCACGCAUACUCAAUCCAUGUCUCAAUUGCCUCAAGGCUUAAAAAUACUUCAACCUGUCCCCUUCAUCUCCAGACUGAUUGAAGCAGAUUUAACAGGUGAUAGUAGCUUUCACCUGGGCAGUAUGUCAUGGAAAGAGCAGGUGUUCAUGUGUUGUACACUCAAUGUAUAUCGUACUGUGUGUGUGAGCUGAUAUCAUUUCAGGUGCCAGAGAAAUCUUUACAUUUAUUUCUCAUUUCCAAAACUAUAUCGCUAUAUAGUGGUAUGUGUCUUCUCUACAUUGUAAUCAUGUAUUUAGCUUUUUCACUUUGUUUCAGAAUACUGCCACAAUCUUAAAUUUAAUUUCAAACCAAGGUUUCUCUGCGUCCUUGAAAGUGAAAAUAAUGAAUGUGAUGACCCAUAUGUGUAUCUGUAUUCAGCCCAAUUGGAGAUUUGUUUCUGGUGAAUUAAGAAUUAUUGCCAUGAAUUAGCAUUUAUAAAACAAUUAUACUGCCAUUCUUUGAGGGAUAUUUAAUGUCCACUUCAGAUGACAGAAGAAGACAUUUGUUUCACAAUCUCAAAAAUAAAACAGAAAUAGCAUUCCAAA